CCUUUCUGCCACCUCAUGGCGGCGACUGACCAGGAAACGGCCCAGAGACAAACAGAAGAAAUUGAAGCCCUGUCUGCUAUAUAUGGUGAUGAAUGGUGUGCUGUUGACGAAGAUGAGAAAAUAUUCUGCAUUAAGAUUAGUGAUUGUUUGGAACAUCCAAAGUGGACUCUCUGUCUGCAGGUGAUCCUGCCCCCUGAAUAUCCAACCGCAGCACCGCCUAUUUAUCAACUUAAUGCUCCUUGGCUUCGAGGACAGGAGUACACAGAAAUAGCAAAUAACCUGGAAGAAAUAUAUGCACAGAAUCUUGGCGAAAGUAUCCUUUAUCUGUGGGUGGAGAAGAUACGGGAAAUUUUGAUAGAAAAAUCUCAGUCAUCUGUUCCAGGACCAGAUAUUAAAAAAAUUACAGAGGAAACUAUUGUAGAACAUGAAGAAGACUUUUCAUUGCAGUGUCAACCAUCCAAGCAAUAUGCAGCUUUAACUCUGAAUUUUGAUCUUCCUGAAAGUGAAGAAGAUGAAGAGUUACCACCAAUCUAUCAUGGAAACCCAGUUACAGACCGAAGGAGCACUUUCCAGGCACAUUUGGCACCUGUUGUGACCCCUAAACAGGUGAAAAAUGUUCUUGCCCAAUUGUAUGAGAUUAAGAAAAUUGCCAGUGCUACUCACAACAUAUACGCAUACAGGAUAUACUGUGCAGACAAGCAGACUUUCUUACAGGAUUGUGAAGAUGAUUGCGAGACAGCUGCAGGCGGCCGUCUUCUCCAUCUCAUGCAGAUCUUGAAUGUUCGCAAUGUCUUGGUUGUGGUGUCUCGAUGGUAUGGUGGUAUCUUGCUUGGACCAGAUCGCUUUAAGCAUAUCAACAAUUGUGCUAGAAAUAUUCUGGUGGAGCAGAACUACACUAAUUUUUCUGAAAAUGUAUCUAAGCAGCCAGGGAAAAACAAAAGAAUAAGGAAAGACAAGAAGAAAACUGAACACUAAUUCAUUU